UUGACAGUUAACCUCGCGCAAUCAACAGUGCCAAUACCAAUCAUCGAACAACACCGAUUUUGAUUUCGUUUUUUCUUUGGGUGGUUUUUUUGUUUCGCUUAUCAAACGGACCAAAUUUAUUCAAAAUAACUGCAUCCAUACAGAUUGAAUUGUUUUCCGUGCCAGCGAACAAUUUCAGUUAGAAUUAAAAAAGGAAAUAUCCGUUUUGCAACACAUUCGAUACGUGAUUUAAAAGUACUAACAACAUUUAACAAGAGCCCAGUUUGACAAUCGAUAUCCUGGAGUGCAUGCACGAUAUUGCAUCAACGAUAUUCAUAUCAACUACUAACAUCAUUAACGAAAAAUCAACAGUUUUCGGUGGUUCAGCGUACACAUCAUCAUCAUCAUCAUCAUCAUCAUUAUCAUCGUUGUCGUCACUUUCACAGUUCGUCCAAUUUACAAACGAAAAUCGAAAUGAAAUGCGAGUUUAAGCGAUUGCCGACAAAUGUCGUGCCAAAACACUAUAAUUUGGAGCUAACACCAAGUUUGACAUCAUUUACAUUUGAUGGAAAGACAUCGGUUGUUUUUAAGGUGCUAGAAGAAACUGAUAAUGUCGUUUUAAAUGCUGUCGAUUUGGUGCUCCACAAUGCGUCCGUGCAAUUGAGUGACAGUUCGGAGCCACUUGAAGCGACAGACAUUUCGUUUUGUUUGGAACAGGAAACGGCAACGUUAAAAUUUCCAAAUGUAUUACCGGCUGGGGCGGAGGGCGUUCUCAAUGUGUCAUUUAGCGGCAAUUUGAAUGAUAAGAUGAAAGGUUUUUAUCGCAGCAAAUAUUACACAGCAAGCGGUGAAGAGCGUUAUGGUGGUGUGACUCAAUUUGAAGCAACAGAUGCAAGAAGGUGUUUCCCAUGCUGGGAUGAACCGGCCAUAAAAGCCACAUUCGAUAUCACGCUUAUUGUUCCAAAAGACCGAGUUGCAUUGUCGAAUAUGCCAGUGGUGUCGGAGAAAAGUGUUGGUGAAAAUUUGCGCGAAAUUCAUUUUGAUACAACGCCGGUGAUGAGCACUUAUUUGGUAGCAGCUGUAAUCGGUGAAUAUGAUUAUGUCGAAGCCACAUCAAAAGAUGGUGUCUUGGUUCGUGUAUAUACACCGGUUGGUAAAAAAGAACAAGGAUUAUUCGCGCUGGAUGUAGCCACAAAAGUUUUACCAUACUACAAGGAAUACUUCAAUAUAGCAUAUCCACUGCCAAAAAUGGAUCUUAUUGCAAUUGGCGACUUUUCGGCUGGUGCUAUGGAAAAUUGGGGUUUGGUCACCUAUCGAGAAUCAUUCGUUCUUGUUGAUCCGGAGAAUACUUCAUUGAUUCGAAAACAGUCGAUAGCUUUGACGGUUGGCCAUGAAAUUGCACAUCAGUGGUUCGGAAAUUUAGUCACAAUGGAAUGGUGGACACAUUUGUGGUUGAACGAAGGCUAUGCAUCAUUUGUAGAAUUCUUAUGCGUGAAUAAGCUAUUUCCAGAGUAUGACAUUUGGACGCAAUUCGUGGUUGAUAUGUAUACACGUGCACUUGAAUUAGACUGUUUAAAAAGUUCGCAUCCAAUUGAAGUAACCGUGGGUCAUCCAUCGGAAAUUGACGAAAUUUUCGAUGAGAUUAGUUAUGCAAAAGGUGCCAGUGUCAUUCGAAUGUUACACCAUUACAUUGGCGAUGCUGAUUUUCGAAAAGGAAUGAACAUCUAUUUGACACGGCAUCAAUAUAAAAAUACACAAACGGAAGAUCUAUGGACAGCAUUGAGCGAAGCAAGCAGCAAACCAGUUGCAAAGGUAAUGUCCACAUGGAUAAAACAAAUGGGCUUUCCAGUCAUAUCGGCUUCAGCCGAACAAGUGGGCAACAAGCGAAUUUUAACAUUAACUCAAAAGAAAUUCACUGCCGAUGGUUUUGAACCGGCCGAAGAUUAUUUUUGGAUGGUUCCCAUUACAAUUUCAACAUCAAAAGCACCAUCUGAAAUUGCCGUCGUUCAAAUUCUCAAUGCAAAAAGCAUGAAAAUUGAAAUCGAUGAUGUCGAUAAAAAUGAUUGGGUUAAGAUAAAUCCAGGCACAAUCGGUUAUUAUCGCACACGUUACACGCCCGAAAUGUUGGACUUACUGAUACCAGCCAUUAAAAGUCAAACACUUCCGCCAUUAGAUCGUUUAGGUUUAAUUGAUGAUUUGUUUGCAUUAGUGCAAGCUGGUCGUGCGCCAACACGUGAAGUUCUAAAGCUCAUCGAUGCCUAUCGAAACGAAACCAAUUACACGGUAUGGUCAUCGAUUACAAAUUCAUUGAUAAAAUUACAAACAUUAUUGUCGCACACAACCGUUGAUAAACAAUUUAAUGAGUAUGGCAUUCGAUUGUAUGCCCCAAUUGCCGAUCGUUUGGGUUGGGAUUGUAAAGCCGGCGAAUGUCAUUUGGAUACAUUAUUGCGAAGUUUGGUUUUAAAUCGAUUGAUUUCAUACGGAUAUACACCUGCCAUUGAAGAAGCCAAAAAGCGUUUUAAAUUGCAUGCGAGCGGCGAACAUCUGUUACCCGCUGAUUUACGUUCAACAUGCUAUAAAGCUGUUAUGCAAAACGGCGACAUUACCACAUACGAAGAAAUGUUACGUUUGUACCGUGCCACUGAUUUACAUGAAGAGAAGGAUCGCAUUUCACGAGCACUUGGCUCAUUUAAAGACGUUGAAAUUCUAAAACGUGUCGUUGAUUUUGCAUUAUCGACUGAGGUUCGAGCACAAGAUUCUGUAUUUGUCAUUGUUUCCGUGGCGAUGAAUCCAAAAGGACGUGACAUGUGUUGGGAAUUUUUCAAGAGUAAUUCAGCCAAACUGUUAGAACAAUAUGAGGGUGGAUUUUUACUGGCACGUCUUGUCAAGUAUUUAACUGAGAAUUUUGCAUCCGAAGAGAAGGCCCAAGAGGUAGAGAAAUUUUUCCAAGAGAAUGAAUUUUCAGGCACAGAACGGACUGUUUCGCAAUCGGUUGAAACGAUUCGCUUAAAUGCAGCUUGGUUAAAACGAGACUUACCAAAUAUUACGGAAUACUUGAGCUCAUUCUCCAAUUAAAGAUCGAUAAGUGGAACAUUUUGUUUAAACCGAAAUUGAAAAAUAGACAAAACACACACACACACCCACAUAAAGCAUUUUUAAUUUGGAUUAUCAAUGAGAUUUCAUAGUCAGAUCAAAAUGAAUAAUUCAAAUAUAUGCUUAUUUAAUUAAUUUAUUUAUUCAAAAUGAAUAUUUGCAAAUAAUCGAAAGCAAAAAUGAAUA